AACUUUGAAAUAAACUUGAAUAAACGUAAUUAAGCUUUUUAAAAUAAAUUGGUGUUAGUUCGAUUUUAAAUAUGUCAAUUGUGUUAACGAAAGCAGCGUUGGCGUUAAAGAACGCGGAUAGCAAUUUCAAAGUUGUUAAAUUCGAAUCACACAAACCAAAAAAGAAACAAACCUCAGAACAUGAAAACAAGACUGAUGAGCAUAACCCAACAUCGAAUACAAAGAAAGAUUUAGAUCUUAAAAAGAUACGUCAUGAGGUUGUAAAGUUUGGAAUGUCUGGCUUUGAUGGAACUAAGAAAGAAGAAGCAAAAAUUGCUUUAGCAGUCAGUUUAGGAGCUAAACCACCUAAAAGAAAGUACAUAAACUACAAAGAGUUAAUGCAAAAGAGAAAACAAGAAAAAUUAGAAUUGAGCAAAGAGAAACAACUUAUGAUAUCAAAGACUAUUUUGCAAACUGUUGGUAAAAAGAAAAAGAAGGGAACUAAUAAUGAUGUCGGACAUUUCUUAGAUAGCUAUGGAAAAGUGCAGAAGAAAGAUUUGAAAAAUAACAAGAAAGCUCCAGUUAAGAAGAAAAAGAAAUGA